AUUUCACAUCGCAGCGCUGCAGGCAUCUUGGAGCCCAGAGCAGGAUUACUUCAAGACUGAACAGGGGACACCUGCUUGAGCUUCACAUAAGCAGCAGACAGAAUGACUGCCAUGAUGCCCGAGAAGGGAAUCGACGGGAUUACCCCCGACAAUGACUUCAUCAACAAGCUGCUGAGCCCGGAGGCCAAGGUCGACGGCACCAGCAAGAAGGGCCCCGCCAAGGCCUUCCUUGUGCAGCUCGCCCACAAAGCAGAGACCAGGAACGCCCUGGCUGCACACCUCAAGGAUCUGCGCCAUGUGGAUGGCGGUGACCGUCAGCUGACCAGCUGGCUCAAAGAGGAGGGCUUCCAGACGUCUGUGCGCUCCGUCGUGCAGGCCCUGAACGAGGCAAAAGCGAGCGACCUGAUGUUCUGGGCGUCAAGCUACAACCUGUUUGUGCACUGGUCCACCAACCGCAGCCACCCCUGGGACAAACUCCCCAAGGCCAACACCGCCGCCUGCACCCUGGAGAUUGGAAAGUUGCGCGACUCCGACAACGAGGCGGUUGUGCUGCUGGACGGCAAGCCCGUUACGGAGUUCACGUUUGCCAACAGCACAUUCCGUACCACCUCCCCCAUCGCAUGGACCACCCCCUCCGGCGAGACCGCCCAGGUGAACCUGCACCUGCAGUUCAGUGUCUUCAGCGGCUACGGCGAGGCCGGCUUCCUGUCAUCCUACCUGGGAGUUCAGGCCCACGGAAUCCUGUGGCCCGCAGCCGGCGCCACCGCUCCCGCCAUUUGGCCCGUAACUCCUCCCGUCGUCUCCGCCAAGGUGAAUGUGGCGACGCGCGACGCAGCGCUGGCCCCCGGAGCAAUCGACGGCAUGUCUUCCUUCGAGGGCACUUAUCUGCUUGCGCCCCUCAAUACCAAGACCCCCCUUGGCCCCGUGGAGGUCGCCAUCUCCUCCCACAAUGGCCGCCCCGUGGUGACUGUCAACGGGCAGGCGCUGGUCGCAUGGACCUUCGACUACAACAAUGUUCUGGCCUGGGCUGACGAGGCGGGCUACAGCGCAUGGCUGCAGUGCCUCGUGCUGCCCGGCGGCCCGGUCUUCGUCGGCAAGAUCACCAACGGCGAUGCCUACGAGGCCAUCGACGUGGUGGGAGAGCGCAGCGGGCAGUCAUCUCAGAUCGCACCGGACUCAACCCUGGACAACUUUGUGGGGCAGCAGGUGGCGGCCGGCCUCGCCACCGCUUCCAUCGUCGUUCUGGGCAACGUGCUCUCCUCCGCCCUCGAGAUGUGGUCCAACAAGGCCGAGAAGAAGGCCAAGCGCGGUGGCACCACCGACGCCGCCAUGGACGCAUACCUGGAGCUGGCCGACAAGGUGGCGGCCGUGAACGCUGCCACGGAGGACGCAUUCCCGUACGGCGCCGACGUUCGCGUUCUGGACCCCGCCGCCGGCAAGGGUGCCGAAGCCGCGCAGCAGGAGGCCUUCGAGGCCGCCCAGUCGGCCAAGACGGCGUGUGCGGCCGCAUUGGAGAAUGCUGAGGGCGUGCGCGACGCACUGAAGGGCAAGAACAUUCUGGAGGCCGCUCAGAAGUCGUCCACCGCCGCCUACCGCGCCCACUCGGCCGGCAAGGCCGCUCUUGUGGCUGAGGAGAGCGCUGUGUCAGCCGCCAGCCUGGCACGCGCCGCCCGCACGCAGGCCGCCCUUCGCGCCGCCAUGGUCGCCGCGCAGUCCUACAACCAGGCCAAGGAAUUCGCGAUGGCUGCUGUGCGCGCUGCGGGAGAGAGCGCGGGUCUGGCGCUGCAGAGCGUUGAGGCGAGCGUGCAGCUCUUUGUGGAGACGCGCGACUACAUGCGCCUCAAGGACAUGGCCGAAGCAUCCGCCGUCGCCGGCCAGGCGCUCAAGGCGGCCGAAGAGGCAGAGGCCGGCUGGGAGGCGGACACCGCGGACAGCCGCAAGGCCGCCAUCGAGUCGACUCAGCAGGCCGCCGAUUUCGCGCAGCAGACCUACAAGCACCUGCGCCUGGUGCACACCGCCUGAGCUGUUCUCUCGCAGCCAUGACUGCGGGUCAUGAAUAAGGGGUUGUGACUGAUGAUGCGUCAUCGGGGUGCAGUGACAUAAAAUGCACCGGCGAGCACGUUCGUGCUUACAUGUGACCCCUAUUCAAGAUCUUUUGGUGCAUAUUCACCAAUUGCCAGCACUUCAGGAUGCUGGCUAGGAGCCAACGUGGCGCCAGGGGGAGCAAAAGAAUGGGGGACUUUUUCUUGUUCCCCCUGGAGGCGGCCAGGGUUGAAAGAUUUGGAAGGAACAUUUAUGCAUGCGUCUAAAACAAUGCUGCGCAGAUGCGCGCAAUAUUGCUUUUGAUGAUUGAUCAAUCGGUGCUGCACAAAAUUGCAGCGCGCAUGAUUUAAGCUCGUGCACCCGUUGCUGGAUGCAUUGUGCAGGCAGCAAAAUAAAUAGGAAUUUUAAUAUUGAACCAAAUGAGCUGUGGGUGGAAUGCAAUAAUCAAGAAUGAUAAUGUUUUGGCCUCCCGCAUGGGCAAGCUCUCAAGCUUCUGUUCAUAACUGCAGAUACCCGCACCAGUGUGCGGUUUCUCAAUAAGCUUAAAUUGACAAGAAUGACAUUGUGUGGUUAUGCUGAAAUGGUCAUGUGACACGGUGUUUAAGAUGAUUGUUUGUUUGAGCAAUUGUUUGGGGUCCUAUGGAUUGCUGUACAAUUUGUGUGGUGAGAGCAAGGUGUUCAAAAUAUCAGGAUGUCAGGGUUUGCGUUUGCUGAACACUUGGAACUGCAGUUUGCUUUUCCUGCACAAAUUCAAAGCCGAGCUUACGCCAGAAGCAGGCUUUACUGCAUUAUUGUAGAUCACUGUCUUCUGCAGAUCUGUAAAUUGGGGUUGGGAAAUUC